UUUGCAUGUCUCCACUGAUAUUUUUGCCCAUUCAUCUUUAGUGAUGAGCUCCAACCCGUUCAGAUUGAAGGGUCUGCUAAAUAAAAGAAGAGGUACAGUCUGGCUGAGACCAUCUGAAGAUAGAGGCACCAUGCUGUCUGUAGCUCUGCUUUACCUCCUAGCGGUGAUUUGUUCUGCAAGACGGACACAUGCUCUACCUCUGUAUCCCGCUUCCAGUCUGGAGUCUCAGUCAGAUUUCAUUCAGAAAUUAGUGUCAGAGGUUGAGGAUGGACUGAGCCCUGCAGAAGGGGAGCGAAGGGAGGGGAACAUCCUACAUCCUCUCCUGCUGCACAGUGGAGGCAGGGACUCCUGGAAUAAAGAUGAUAAAGACCCAGAGCAGCAGGACAAAGUUGGAAACAUGGUUGAGGACCUGAGAGAAGCCAUUUUAAAGCUUGCAGCAGCCGACAGGCUUCGCUCCCAGGGUUUCCUCAGAUCUGAGCAGAACUUACCAAAAGCAAACAAGAGAGCUUGUUUCUGGAAAUACUGCGUGACCAACUAGAGUCUGGAUGGAAAACAUCACUUCGCUUCAGCUUUUAGUUUCCUGUUAUAAGCACCUUCAUUGUCACUGUUGGACCAUCAGAAAAUAUAUUUUUGAAGUUGUUAAAUUGUCUUUUUUUGUGUCUGAAAAUAAACUUCAUUAACACAAAUUGA